GCAACACUGUUUGUGGGAUUUGUGGAAACACUUGUGAUAUGUGGUGGUAAAUAAAAUUUAACAGUAAAAUUAUUAUGAAAGUUGUUAUAAACAAGUGACGAAAUGGCCCACAUAUCUUACCCAUUUAAGAAAACUAACAAAGCGGCAUACCAGAAGCCGGCAUCAGUAGUUACAUCUGAUGCUAUUUACUGGAAGAAACUUGGUUUACCAGUCCUCGUGAAAGAGUUCGGUGCCAUUGAUUACAUAGAUUUUAGCCCAGUAGAACCAUACUACUUCGCGGCAACAUGCUCCGUUCGAGUACAGGUGUAUGACCCAAUCACAAAGGUGGUUGCUAAGAAUAUUUCAAAGUUUGUCGAGGCAGCGUAUGGAGCUAGUUUUAGGACGGACGGCCGGCUCAUAGUUGCUGGUAGCGAAGAAUCAGCUGUGAAAUUAUUUGAUGUCACUUCCAAGAAUGUUCUUCGAGUAUUUACUGGACACACUGGCCCUGUUCACAGAACAUUCUUCUCUAAAGACCAAGUCAAAAUUCUCAGCUUCUCCGAUGACAAAUCAGUUGGCUUGUGGGAUAUUCCAACAGAAGAAAAGAUUGCCACUUUCUCAGAACACACAGACUAUAUCAGAGCAGGAGCUGCAAGUCCUAUCUCACCAGAUAUCAUCUUAUCAGGCAGCUAUGACCAUACAUUAAAACUUUAUGACUGUAGAUCAAAUGAAACUGUCCUAACAGCAAACCAUGGAAGCCCAGUGGAAUCAGCUAUAUUCUUACCAUCAGGAGGCAUAUUUGUCAGUGCUGGAGGUACAGAAAUCAAAGUGUGGGAUAUAUUCAAUGGGGGAAAACUACUUGCCAAUAUAUCACAGCAUCACAAAACGGUGACCACACUCCGUUUGGCCAGUAAUGGUAGCAGAUUGAUGUCGGCAUCCCUUGACCGCCAUGUUAAAAUAUAUGACAUUUCCACCUUCAAAGUGGUCCAUAAUAUUGAUUUCCCAAAUGCCAUUCUGAGUAUGGGCAUAUCAGAACAUGAUGACACCCUGGCUGUUGGCAUGAUAGAUGGUGUUAUUUCCAUAAGAAAAAGAGAUAAACCUGCACAGCAAAAAGAAGAGAAGAAGGGUCUGUUCAAAUUUGCACCUGAUCAUGUUCAACCAACUGCAACCAUUGAUACAGUAGUUUCAAACAAAAAAGCUGUUAAAGAGUCAGAUUAUGAUAAGUUUAUAAGAAAAAUGGAAUUUGGUAAAGCCUUGUCUGCUGCGCUGAAAACAUAUGUAGCUGCUAAGAGUCCAGAAAGAACUGCUGCUGCGUUACAAGAACUACUUAGAAGGAAAGUUUUGAAUGUUGCAAUGGGUGAACUGAAUGAAAAAGACAUAGGAGGAUUAUUAAAGUAUUUUAAGAAGAAUCUAGGAGAGACAAGGUUCACUAGAACUAUUAUAGAUGCCGCAAAUGUUUUUGUAGACGUUUUUGAGAAUCAGGUCAAGACUUUUUCAGAAACUAACUUAUUGUUAUUCAACUCCCUUCAGCAAGAAAUAAAAGAUGAAAUAGAGGUGUGUAAAAGAGUAAGUGAACUUGAAGGAGCCAUAGGUAUGCUUUUAUCUGCAGGCCAGACGAGUACAACUAGAGAUGUUUUAGAUUUGAAUGAAGCAUUAGCUCCAUCAUCGAAAGCACUCAAAGAGAUAGUUAUUGAUGUUUAAUAAAUUCUGUAUAAUUUA